AUGGAUGCAGUCUUUGCAGAGAUCGAUAAAGAGACGAUCAAGUUUGCGGCCGGAGACGAAGAGAAAUGGCGCGAGCUGUAUGAGCCUCUUUAUCCGGAAACCCCGUCAAAUGUGACAGUCAUUCGUAAUGAGAGAUACGGCCCCCAUGAGAGAAAUUUUCUGGACGUCUUUGUUCCACAUGAUGGCGCAGAAAAUAAGCCGGUAUUGAUGUAUAUUCAUGGCGGCGGGUUCUUUUCCGGCGACAAGAUGUGGUCUGAACGGGUUUAUUCGAAUAUCGGCUGGUUCUUUGCUCAACAUGGCAUCGUCACUGUUGUGGUCAAUCAUCGCCUUGUGCCACAUGUGCAAUAUCCGGGAGGUGCGGAUGACGUGCAGCUCGCGCGCGAAUGGAUCUAUGAAAAUAUAGCGUCGGAAAAGUACGGAUGUGGAUCGAUUGACAAAGUUGUGCUUUUUGGUCAUUCGUCUGGCGGUGCGCAUGUUGCGAUGAAUCUUUUCGCGGCUGGUGAGAUGUUACUCUUAAGAUUCUUCGGGCGUGUCUAUGCUAAAGCAGAGAGUGCAGGCGAUCCUGCUCGCCCCCCAAAGGUCCCGGACUUUCCACCAGUUGCUGGUCUGGUCCUUAUUGACGUGCCCUUUUGGUUUGAUCGAACCAAGCCAGUGCGCCAGAGAACAAUUAGGUCAUAUUAUGGCUCCGAUGACGAGAGUGAUUGGGGGCCCAAGUCAGCAUUGGGUUUGUUCCAAGCCCUGCCCGAAGACUCACCAGUACUAGAUUCACAAAAGAUUCCCAUUUAUCUCGGUUCAGUCGAGUGGGAAGUACCGGAAACCAUUGAUGCAACGAUUAAAUUCUUCAACGCAUAUAAAGCGAAAAGCAAACCGGCCGGAACACUGCCCUUAUUUCAUGUCACCAAGAGACACAACCACGUUAGCAACGUCCUGUCAAUCGGAACCGAAGAUACGUCGCAGAGCCAGCCAGUACUGGACUUCAUCCGGACAUGUGUUGGCAGCAAGUGA